UCUCUCUCUCUCUCUCUCCCUCUCGUCUUUUUCCCUCUUGGUCAGAUGUCUAUGUGUUGCUCUCAUCUCUUGCCUCCAUUGCCAUAGCUGAGUAGCUCACAAUUUGGGCAUCAGGAAAAAAAUGGGGUUAUUUUGUCAUGGACAUCUCUUUGCAUUUCAUCUGAGCAAUCGAAUUGGUAUUGCAAAAGCAAGACUUUUGAUUCACAUCGAAUACUGCACUACCACCUCGCAGCAAUCAGAGACGUUCAAACAGGACGAUGACGAAACAGUGAGAGAAAUCUCCACCGUCCUCAGAAACCACAGCGACUGGCACUUCGUUCUCAACUCAACGGACCUCCCCAGGAAGCUGAACCCACAUGUGGUCCGAGCCGUUCUACAGCAGAACCACCAGGUUGGUGACCCAAAACGCCUCCUUAGUUUCUUCCUAUGGACCGAUACCCACCUGGGUUUUCCCCAAAAUUUGCAUUCCUUUUCGAUUCUUGCUGUUGUUCUGUGCAAUUCCAAGAUGUUUGAGCAGGCUAAUGCUGUGUUAGAUAGAAUGGUUAAGACCCGAAAACCAGUUUUCGAAGUUUUGGAUUGUGUUGUUAGUUGUUUUAGAGAUGGUGAGUGUGGUGGGUCUGAUGAGAUUGUUUUUGAGUAUCUGAUUAGAGCUUUUAAGGCGGCGGAGCGGUUGAAUGAGGCUGCUGAUGUUUUUCUGGGACUUAGGAAAGUUGGGAUUUUACCAAGAUUGGACUGCUGCAAUUCUCUGUUGAAUGAUUUGUUGAAGUAUAAUAGAAUGGAGUUGUUUUGGAAGGUGUAUGAUGGGAUGUUAGAGGCGAAAAUGAAACCUGAUUUUUACACUUAUUACAAUGUGAUCCAUGCGCAUUGUAGGGCAGGGAAUGCCGGGCAGGGAAAGAGGUUUCUGUUAGAGAUGGAGGAGAAGGGUGGUAAUCCAGAUUUAAGUACCUAUAAUGUGGUGAUUGGUGGUUUGUGUAGGGCUGGGGAUGUCGAUGAGGCCUUAGCGGUAAAGAAGUCUAUGGUGGAGAAGGGAUUGGUCCCGGAUAGGUAUACUUAUUCGGCACUUGUUGACGGGUUGUGCAGACAGAAGAGACCAGAAGAAACAAAAUUGAUUUUGAAAUACAUGUAUGAUAAAGGUUUGAGUCCUGACAGCACCUGCUACACUGCUUUGAUUGAUGGGUUGAUGAAAGAAGGUUACUUGGAAGAGGCUCUGAGGAUCAAAGAUGAGACAAUUGCUCGAGGCUUUAAGUUGUGCGAUGCCACAUGUAAUGCAAUUUUUGCUGGGAUGUGUAAAGUUGGUAGGAUGGAGAAGGCAGAAGUUCUCCUGAAUGAGAUGAAUGUUAUGGGCACUAGACCUAAUGCCCAGACAUACAAGUUUUUAAUUGACGGGUAUUGUCGAGAGAAAAAUAUGGUCAAGGCUUGUGAGUUACUUAAUGAGAUGAAGAAGAGGAACUUUGCACCCGGUGUGUUCACUUAUGGAGCGAUAAUCAAUGGGCUAAGCCGGCGUGGAGAUAUGGAAGGGGCUAAUCAACUUCUGAAGGAAAUGAUUACCAGAGGUUUGAAACCAGGUGCCGUUAUCUACACAACUGUAAUUAGAGGUUACGUCCAGGAAGGAAAAUUUGAAGAGGCAAUAAAAGUAUUAAAAGGAAUGACCAAAAAGGGAGUCAUGCCUGAUGCAUUUUGCUACAAUUCUCUUAUAAUUGGCCUCUGUAAAGCCAGGAAAAUGGAUGAAGCCAGGAUUUACUUCGUGGAAAUGGUUGACAGAGGAUUAAAGCCUAAUGCGUAUACUUAUGGGGCUUUUAUUCAUGGAUACUGUAAGGAGGGGCAAAUGCAACUUGCAAAUACGUAUUUCCAGGAGAUGUUGGGUUGCGGUAUAGCUCCUAAUGAUGUUAUCUAUACAGCCCUGAUUGAAGGGCACUGCAAAGACAGUAACUUAACAGAAGCAUAUUCUACGUUUAGAUGUAUGCUUGGACGAGGGGUGCUCCCAGAUAUCAAAACUUAUAGUGUCAUUAUUCAUGGUCUCUCAAAGAAUGGAAAAAUUCAAGAAGCAAUGGGGAUUUUCUCCGAGCUCCUUGGCAAGGAUCUGGUUCCAGAUGUUUUUACUUACAGCUCCCUCAUAUCGGGCUUUUGUAAGCAGGGAAAUGUGGAUAAGGCUUUCCAACUUCUUGAACAGAUGUGCCGGAGAGGCGUUGAUCCAAACAUUGUUACUUAUAAUGCCUUGAUUAAUGGAUUGUGUAAGUCAGGUGAUACUGAUAGAGCCAGAGAACUGUUUGAUGGAAUCUCCAGAAAGGGUUUGUCUCCUAAUGCUGUGACUUAUGCUACAAUGAUGGACGGAUAUAGCAAAUCCGGAAAAUUAACCGAGGCAUUUCAGUUAUUAGAUGAGAUGCUUCUACGUGGGAUCCCUACAGAUAGUUUCAUCUACUGCAUCCUAAUUGAUGGGUGCUGCAAGGCAGGUGACAUGGAGAGGGCCGUGUCCUUAUUUCGGGAUAUAGUGGGGAAGGGCAUUGCGGCCACUUCUCCUUUCAAUGCAUUGAUUGAUGGCUUCUGCAAAUUGGGGAGGAUGGUGGAAGCUAACCAGUUGUUGGAAGAUAUGGUGGAUAAGCAUGUGACCCCAAAUCAUGUCACCUACACGAUUCUGAUUGUUUCCCUCUGCAAAGAGGGGUUGAUGAGGGAAUCAGAACAGCUCUUUCUGGAAAUGCAGAAAAGGAAUCUGACGCCAAAUAUUUUAACAUAUACUUCACUUUUACACGGAUACAAUAGCACGGGAAGCAGAUAUAAGAUGUUUGCUCUUUUUGAUGAGAUGGUGGCGAGGGGACUCAAGCCUGAUGAAGUUACAUAUCGUAUGAUGGUUGAUGCUUAUUGCAAAGAAGGUGAUUUGGUAAAAUGUUUAAAGCUGGUGGAUGAAACUUUGGUCAAUGGUGCAAUCUCCAACAGUGCAGUGGUUGAUGCACUGACAAGUACUCUAUUCCGAAGGGAAGAAUUUUCUGAGAUAAUGAAGUCACUUGAUGAAAUGGUAGAACAUGGAUUUGUGCUCAGUCUUGCGACAUGCAGCACAUUAGUUCGUGGAUUUUACAAAUUAGAUGCGGAAAAAGCAGCAAGGAUUUUUGAGAGCAUGCUUAGGUUUGGAUGGGUUUCACAUUCCACCAGUUUAGAUGACUUAAUUCAUGAGGACCAAAGUGAGGUUAGCUCCGGAAUAUGUUGAAAGAAAGGAAAGAUGGCAAUCAGGGACAAGUCUAGUUGAUCGAGACAGAAUUUCUGGUUCUCUUCCUAUUCACUGCUCCCUCAACCAAAUUCAAAUGCUGGCCUGAGGGUGGAGUUUGCAAGUUGUGGUAUGGAAAAGCUCUUUUGCCAAUGCAGAGCUUUCUCAUUCUUAACCAGUGAUUGUGUUUCCUUAAAGCAAAAGGGUGGAUUCAAUGCCUAGAAAGACAUAUGUAAAGAGGACGGGAAAGGGACAAAAGUGGCAGGCUAUGAAGUAGUCUGUACACUCGAAGGUUGGUGUGGUGGGUUAAUCCAGAUGAUAUGAAGACAGGUGAUAAAAGCAAGACCAGGAAACAAUGCCGUGAGGUGGUCGUACAGGUAACAGACCUAAACUAAUGUGGUAACUAGCAAUUUUGCUCGUGAAAGAAGCAACUUGGUUUGCUGCUAUUUUCAUGCUGGAAGAUUUCUGCUUCUUCGUGCUCAUGUGUUUAGAACUUAGUUCUCUUAAUGAUGGCUGAUAUUAUGUAGCAAGCGCCCUUGUAUCGUUCAGAUGCAGGCAGAUUAGAUACAAAAUAAAAUAUUUUCGAGUCAAUGUAAAGAGGAUCUAUUUUGAACAUUCUACUUUCUUGUAUCUCAAGUCAGAUUAGAUAAACGACUAACUUACGUCUUA